UGGUAUUUUGUCCAUAAUUUACUCUAAGGGAUGCCUGUACAAGUUCAGUGAUUAAAGACUCAGAAAAAUGUUCCUCUUUCAAGUAUGCAUCCCUCACUGAAAUAUUAAGAUAAUUGACAAAUGAAGGAUCCAUUGCUGUUAUGCUUGAAAAUUAAAAUUAAAAUAUUUAAGAAGAAAAUGCUACCAAAAGAAAUAUUCAACCAGGAGAAUUAUAUUCUUGACAUCAGAACAAUUAUUACGAUUCGAUCAAAAAGAAAAAGGUCAUCAUAUUUUAAACAGUUAAAGCCUAUAAUCGUAGCCUUAAAAUUAUUCGGAGUAAUGCCAUUUACUACACAUGCAAGCGGGCCAGUGUUUACAUUGAUCUCCUGGAUUAUGUUAUACAGUUUAUCAAUUUUUGUAUGCUUAAAUAUUUUGUUAUUUUAUAAAUUAUACGGGGAUUACAAAUAUUUUGUCAAAUCGGAUACAGUUGUUUUUAAUUUACUUCAUAGAGUUACUGGAUCUUCGAUAGGACUUAUUUCCUUUUUACUUCCCAUUUUUUGGACCGAUAUGAAAAAUAUACCUGAAUAUUGGAAUCGAUGGAACAUUUUUCAAGACAAAUUUGAAUUGUGCAUGCGAAAACCUCUUCAAUUGAAUAUAACCAAACUAGUAUGGGUUGUGACAAUAUUGCCAACCGCUCUCAUGGCAUUUAAUAUAUUAACAAGUUUAAUAUUUGUUAAAGAGUGGAAAUUAAAUAACUCCAUAUUAUUUAUUAUCAUAUUUGGCAUCAUAAACUUAACAACUGGAUAUUUUUAUAUCAACUGCCACAUAUUCAGAAAUAUCAGUAAAGACAUAAAUCAGCGUAUUAUGGAAUUAAUAGUAACUAAGGGAUCGUCAACCAGGUUUAGAGAGCAUGCAGAACUUUGGUGUUAUAUGUCACAUCUUAUAACAGAUUUCGGGAUCGUUCAUGGCGGAAUUUAUUGUUCUAUUGCAAUUGUCAUAUAUAUAUCCAGUACAACAUUAUGGUUUUAUUUUACCAUGACACUUAUAAGCCCUGAGAACUACCUGGUUUCCGUUAUAGUUGUGCCACUUGUGUUUACAAAUUCUUUACUUAUGGUGUAUAGUGAAGCGUCGUACAUAGCUCUUUCAGAGGUAGGAAAAAAAUUACAGUGGAAAAUCCUGAAUUCAACCAUGAGUGGUCUUGUGGAACAAACACAGAGAGAAAUACAAGAUUUUUUAGAAAUGAUCCAACUUUGUAGACCGAAUAUUACUUUUGGUGGUUUUUGUGAUGUUAAUAGAGAACUUUUUAUUAACUUUAUACUUGCUGUAUUUUUUAACUUAGUUGUUGCAUUUCAAUCUCAAAUAAUUCCAAAACAAUAUACAACAUCAGUUAGCUGAACAAUUUCCGUUAAGGUAAAACUAUUGAAAAAUCAUAAAUAAUAUUGUGUGAAAUAGUUAUAUUUAAUACUUAUUGGUAUAAUUUAGUAUUAGAUAACUUUACUUAGUAUUUUAUCUAAGAGUUAUAAGUUAUUCAUAUUUAUAGGUAGUUAUUUUAAUAUUAUAGAUACAAUAUAUACCUAAUAUGAUGUAUUUUGUUAAAAGGUUUGCAAAACGAAGCUUUAAUUUAUUUACAUUUUUUGCUUAAGAUUUAUUAUACGUAUUUUAUUAUUGUAGUCUGAAUACAAGUAUAUGUAAAUGUUUAAAUUUAUUAUACUAAAA